UGUAUGUGUUUGAGUGUGUGGGGCGUUUAAUUUUGGAAACUGAGGAAGGAUCACAUACACAUUCUCCCUCACACGUAGUUGCUCCGUGAGGCAGAAACCCCUGCUCUCGCUCUCUGACCGACAGUUGGAACUGUGUGAGAGUGCAGCAGUGCAUGCUUAUGUGUGUGUGUGUGUGUGUGAGUGUGUGUUUUUGUGUGUGUCUGUGUGUGUGAGCGUGUGGCUCUCUGUCGGAGAUCCCUAAGGUAUCCAGACACAGCUGUUUUCUCCCUCUCUGGUGUGCCGAGGAGGUUGGCCCGCGCUGAGUGAGUGUGUGAGUGAGAGCCUAAAGAGCAGCUUGCUGUAACCAUGGAGAGCAUGGAGUUCGAGAAGGAGUCGAAGCGCUACUGCAUACGCGGGAAGCACGUCGCCAUCAUAUGUGCCGUCGUCGUGGUAACCGGCGUCGCCGUUGGCCUGGGGGUGGGACUCAUCCAACCCGCCUCUGAUAACGGGGGGGCAAACGGCACCCCGAAGCCCCCCGAGCCCCCGACCACCUCAGCGCCACCCCCGACAGACCUGGGACCCUGCAAAGCGUCCAACGACACCUCUGGCAACUGGAAGGACUUCCGCCUCCCCAACUACAUCGUCCCCUUCCACUACGACCUCCAUCUGGAGCCUGAUCUUCAGACUGAUCUCUACACCGGCUCGGUGUCCAUCCACCUGCACCUCACCCAGCCCAGCUCCCACCUCUGGCUCCACAUCCGGGAGACCUUCGUCACCGCCGUCCCCACCCUGAAACUGGUGCAAGCCAGAGCGGAUGGGACGACCACCACCGAGACCGCCGUGGGCAUCAAGGGCUGUUUCGAGUACAAGCCUCAGCAGUAUGUGGUGGCGGAAGGGCAGUCCCAGUUGGCCGCGACUGGAGCAAACCAACACUACGUCCUGACACUGGACUUCCAGGGUUGGCUCAAUGGAUCGCUGGUGGGCUUCUACAGGACUACCUAUGUGGAUAACGGGGUCAUUAAAAAAAUUGCGGCCACAGACCACGAGCCCACUGAUGCUCGUAAGUCAUUCCCUUGUUUUGAUGAACCAAACAAAAAGGCCACGUACAAGAUCUCCAUCACACAUGACGGUACAUACACCGCCUUAUCAAACAUGCCAGUGGAGACAGUGGAGGAUCUCUCCAAUGGCAAGAAAAAAACCUCCUUUGUCUUGUCAGUGAAGAUGAGCACCUACCUGGUGUGCUUCGCUGUGCACCAGUUUGUGUCUGUGGAAAAGAUAUCAAACCGAGGCAUCCCUCUGAAAAUCUGGGCCCAACCUCAGCAAAUCCACACAGCCGAGUAUGCCGCCAAUGUCACCAAGGUCAUCUUUGACUACUUCGAGGAAUAUUUUGCCAUGGAUUACUCCAUCGGCAAACUGGAUAAGAUCGCCAUCCCAGACUUUGGAACUGGCGCGAUGGAGAACUGGGGCCUGAUCACCUACAGGGAGACCAAUCUGCUGUAUGACGAGAAUGAGUCAUCCUCGUACAACAAACAGCGUGUGGCCAGUGUCAUUGCCCACGAGCUCGUACACCAGUGGUUCGGUAACAUUGUUACAAUGGACUGGUGGGAUGAUCUGUGGCUGAAUGAGGGCUUUGCCAGCUUUUUUGAGUAUGUGGGAGUAGAGAAAGCUGAACCCGACUGGGGAAUGCGCGACAUCAUGCUAAUAAGUGACGUGCUUCCUGUCAUGGUGGAUGAUGCCCUCCUGUCCUCCCAUCCAAUCAUAGUGGAUGUGUCCACUCCAGCUGAAAUCACCUCAGUGUUUGACUCCAUCUCCUACAGCAAGGGGGCAUCAAUUUUGAGAAUGCUAGAGGACCAUCUGGGCAGGGAUACUUUCAGAGAUGGCUGCCGUGAGUACCUGAAGAAAUUUACCUUCCAGAAUGCCAAAACGUCAGACUUCUGGCAGGCCCAGGCCGACGUAAGCAAACAACCGGUGGCAGAAAUCAUGGACACAUGGACCAAACAGAUGGGAUAUCCAGUGCUGAGUCUGACUGUCUCUCCCACUGGAGCCAGUCUCACCCAGAGCAGGUUCCUAUUGGACCCCAAAGCAGACCCCACAACGCCUCCUGUUCCCCUUGGGUACAAAUGGACCAUCCCUGUAAAAUGGCAAUCUGUGGUGAGCAACAGGAAUGUGUCUCAGAUGUUUGACAAAUCAUCUCCAGAAAUUGUAAUAACUGGGUACAACCCUACAACCGACGGCCUCAUCAAGGUCAACAAUGACCAUCUGGGCUUCUACCGAGUCAAUCAUCAAGACAGCAUGUGGAACGCUAUCAGUGACCAGCUCGUGAACAACCACAAGGAAUUUGACCCUGCUGACCGAUCAAGCUACAUAGAUGAUGUAUUUGCCCUUGCUAGGGCAAAUAUGCUGGAUUACGGAAACGCACUUAACAUGACCAAACACAUGAGCAAUGAGACGGAAUAUAUUGUAUGGGACCGUGUCUCAUCCUCCAUCGCUUAUGUGACAAACAUGCUAUCAGAUGACCCCGCCUACCCAAGGUUCCAGAAAUUAUUCCGUGGCUAUGUUCAGGACAUUGCUGCCAAGAUGGGGUGGGAUGACGUUGGUAAUCAAACAGAAAGGUUGUUGCGUGAGACAGUGCUGGGUAUUGCAUGUAAAAUGGAUGACCAGCAAGCUCUGAACAAAGCAUCUGAGUUAUUCAACCAGUGGAUUGAUGGAACCCUUGAUCGAGUGGGAGUGAACUUGCGGCUGCUGGUUUACCGCUAUGGCAUGAAGAACGCAGGGACGAAGGAGAAGUGGGAGGUUAUGUUCCAAAGAUACCGCGACGCCACCCUGGCCCAGGAGAAGGACAAGCUGCUCUAUGGGCUGGCCUCUGUGGAGGACGUCUCACUGCUCAACAGGUUGCUGGAAGCCAGUAAAGAUGAGAGCAUAAUUCGCAGUCAGGAUUUAUUCACAGUGGUAAGGUAUGUUGCCGGAAACAAGUACGGCAAGACCAUGGCUUGGGACUGGACGACACUCAACUGGGAUUACCUGGUGAACAGGUACACCAUUAAUGACCGGAGCCUGGGCCGUCUGCUCACCAGCAUCAGCAGCACAUACAACACAGAACUGCUGCUCUGGAAGAUGGAGCACUUCUUUGCCAAGACACCGAACGCAGGAGCUGGGGAGAUGCCUCGCCAACAGGCCCUGGAGACGGUCAGGAACAACAUCGAGUGGAUGCGGCUAAACAAGGACGAGAUCCAGACUUGGCUGGAGAACAAUGUACCAUUGUGAUCGAAGCAAAGGGGAGAGGAAAGAAGGGGAGAAGUGAGAGGCGGGAUGAUUUGACACUGACUGGAUCUCACUUCAACCCAGGAGCCCAUGUCUCAAUCACUUGAUUCCCUUAUUUGGUUUUAAUAUUUAAAUGAUGUAUGACAACACACUUUUACAAACAUGCAGAGAAGUCCACUCAUGUAGACCCCACUCUAGUCUUUGGAGGAUAGAGGCACUCGAAUGGGCUUUGUAUCACUUUAGUGUACAUAGGGCUUUAGUAUCACUUCCCCUAUACAAAAUCACAGAGAUCCUGAACUAUACGAACCAAUCCAUGAAUCGCUCUCAGUAUGUAUUCCAGUUAGAAAACAAAUGUUUUUAUUGUUUUAGUCCACAGUUCCCAUCCCACAGAGCACAAGCUGGCUUAGGUGUGUGUACAGUAGUAAUAGGUCUGAGUGAGAGGAAGGCUCCUCACAGAAAGAUGUACCAGAUGCAGCGAUUGAGAUGCCAUCAAAUAAACUGUAUAUGCCCUCUUUUUUCUAUUUAAACAAUAUUGUGAAAUAUGCACUGAAAUAACUUGGAAGAUGUACAGAUGUCAUAAAGAUUAAAUAUUUGAUUAAACUGUU